UGUACAUAUUUAUUUUAUAUUUCCAUUAACAUUUUCUGGAUGAGCUUUGUAAACUAAAAUUGGCUUAAAUUAUUUAUUUUUCCCAGUCAAAACUGAAAUCCUCACUCUUUUUAAUUUACGUCAAGGGAUAGAUGUAUGGGACUUCAACAGUUUAAAUCAAAUUCGACUUUAGAGUACACACAACUUACAAAAAAGAGGAAAAAUUAGAUUAAAUUAGAUUAGAAUGGCCGAUGAAAUGGAUGUUGAGGAGACGGAGGACUUUCACGAUCUGGAGUUUAACGACGAGGAGCCAUCGGGAACAGGAGGAUCUAGUGCCGCCAAAGAGGAACGCUUCGUGGUGAAGAAGUGGGUGGCGCACGCCCUGUGGUCGUGGGACGUGGCGGUGGACAACUGCGCCAUCUGCCGCAACCACAUCAUGAAUCUGUGCAUCGAGUGCCAGGCGGAUCCGAAUGCCAACCAGGAUGAGUGCACGGUGGCCUGGGGCGAGUGCAACCACGCCUUCCACUACCACUGCAUUGCGCGCUGGCUGAAGACGCGGCUCGUCUGCCCGCUGGACAACAAGGAGUGGGUCUACCAGAAGUACGGGCAUUAG